CGCAACGCAAGCAAAUCCAACGAAGCAAACAAGUGCACCAGAAAAAGCACGAUCAAAUCCUACACCACUAACAGAUUUGACAAAAUAACAACAGCAUUACAACAUUCAGAAACUCCAACAUCGUCCANAUCCCCCUUCUCCUUCCCACCAGCUGGCGCAACCCUCACUAUAGCAGCAGCAGCAGCCACCACCGCAGCCGCCGCCGGGCCCGGAACCCUCUCUAUCUCAACGGGCCUCGGCACCUCCGGCGGGCUCGCACACCUGAUCAAGGCCCAAUUCACACCCUCAAAGAACGGGUGCUGCUUGAUCUCAGUCGCUCCCCGUUUAUACGCCAGCCUGUUCUGCGGCUCCUUCACCAGCAGCCCUCUGAUCAGAUCUCUGGCCGCAAAGCUCACCACCGGCGACUCCGGAAAACGCAACGGCUGCCCCACAACAUUAAACAGCGUGGCCCUAUUGCCCGACCCCUUGAACGGAGUCUUCCCGAACAACAGCUCGUAUAGAAAAAUCCCGAACGUCCACCAGUCGACCGCGCUUCCGUGGCCCUCGCCUUUGAUAAUCUCGGGGGCCAAAUACUCGUGGGUCCCGACAAACGACAUGGACCGGGCCUCUGUGGGCUCGGCUAUGAGCUCGGGCAGCGGGCUCACCUGGUUCCCUAUCUCGUUCUUGGAUGGCUUCCGGUCCUUCUUGGGCCGGCCCGAGAAGAGGCGAGGCCCGAAGCAUGUGGUGGGGCCCACGCAUGAGACGGGGUUUUUGCGGGCCGGGUCAGGGUCGAGGGUAGAUGAGGACUUGAUGAGAGUGGGGCUGACUGUGCAGCGAAGGGAGAGGUCGAAGUCGGAGAGCAUGAUGUGGCCGUCCUCGCGGACGAGGACGUUUUCAGGCUUGAGGUCGCGGUACACGAUGCCGAGCAUGUGGAGGUAUUCUAAGGCUAGGAGGACCUCGGCUACG